UCGUUGCGAAUAGUCGACGUGCGUCCUUCUUACGAAACGGUUCUAUAUUGAUAACCUCUAACUAUAAUAAAAUUUAUAAUAAUUAAUUCAUUUAUAAUUUAUAAAAUAUUGUUCAUCUUUAAUAAUUGAAAUAUAAAAUGUUGAACCUCGGAGGAAGAUUGACACGAAUUAUAAUACGAAAUUUUGCAACGAAAUCCGACGAAAUUGGGAAUCUCGUUAAAAAAAAUAAAGUUGUUGUCUUUAUGAAAGGCAUACCGGAGGAACCAAGAUGUGGUUUCAGUAAUGCCGUAGUUCAGAUAUUUAGAAUGCAUGGUGUUUCUUAUGACGCCCAUGAUGUUCUACAAGAUGAAGAACUUAGACAAGGUAUUAAAGAAUAUUCAAAGUGGCCUACGAUACCCCAAGUAUUUAUCAAUGGAGAUUUCAUUGGUGGAUGUGAUAUUUUGUUAGAAAUGCAUAAAAAUGGCGAAUUAGUAGAAGAAUUGAAAAAAGUAGGAAUUAAAAGCGCUUUGUUGGAGAAAGAAAAUACUUCUCAAAGUGAAUCAACAAAGUCCAAGGAUACGCAUCAAUAAAGUCGUCUGAAUGCGUAAUAUAAUUUAUAAUGUUGUAUCAUUGGAAAAUUGCGAAGCUUUUCCAUGGGUGAUAAGCAAUGGAUUUGAAUCUUUAGAAAUUCAUAUUAUUAUUUAUUCCAUAUAUAUGGAAUUAUAUAUUCUGUAGUUCUUUUCUUAAAAUUUUACCAGAUGCAUUUUUUGGAAUUUUGUCAAUAUACUGCACAUAUCCUAAUUUUUUAUAGUUAGCAACGCGCUUGGCAACGUAAUCUUUCACUUCUUCUGGAUUAACGGUGACUCCUUUUUUCAGUACUAUGAAAGCUUUUGGAAUUUCGCCAAAUUUUUCAUGAGGAACGCCAAUUACCGCAACGUCUGCAAUACUAUCUAAACCUUUAAUAAUAUCCUCCAAUUCCGCAGGUGGUACUUGAUAACCUUUUACUUUGAUUAAUUCCUUGAUGCGUCCUUUGAUGUAAAAGUGUCCUACAUAAAUUCAAAUUUUAUCAAUAUACAAGUGAUUAUAAUUA